UGUAUCCUUCUAUGUAUGACCCCUGCAGCAGCCCUAGUUUCUCUCUCUUUCUAUCCUUCGCUAGGACGGUGCGCUGACAUGUCUCAUCGGAAAUUUCAUGCACCUCGCCACGGACAUAUGGGGUUCCUGCCCCAUAAACGUAGCAAGAAGCACAGGGGGAGGGUGCGAACGUGGCCGAAAGAUGACCCCAGUCACCCUGUUCAUCUCACUGCCUUCCUGGGAUACAAGGCUGGCAUGACCCACACACUGAGGGAGGUGCACCGUGCUGGCCUCAAAAUAUCAAAGCGAGAAGAAGUUGAGGCAGUUACCAUCAUUGAGACUCCCCCUGUCAUCGUGGUGGGGAUUGUAGGUUAUGUUCAGACUGUCCGUGGCUUGCGGUCCCUGAAAACCAUCUUUGCUGAGCAUCUCAGUGAUGAGUGCAGGCGCAGAUUUUACAAAAACUGGUACAAGAGCAAGAAGAAGGCUUUCACCAAGUACAGUAAGAAGUGGCAGGAUGAGACUGGAAAUAAACAACUGGACAAGGAUUUUAAUAUGAUGAAGAAAUAUUGCUCCGUCAUUAGGGUUAUUAUUCACUCUCAGAUGCGACUUCUGCCCAUAAAGCAGAAAAAGGCACACAUCAUGGAGGUGCAGCUGAAUGGUGGCAGCAUCUCAGACAAAGUGGACUGGGCAAAAGAGCAUCUGGAGAAGGCUGUCCCUGUAUCUGCUGUCUUCUACCCAGAUGAGAUGAUUGAUGUCAUUGGUGUUACCAGGGGCCACGGAUUCAAAGGUGUGACAAGCCGCUGGCAUGCGAAGAAACUCCCCAGGAAGACUCACAAGGGCCUGAGGAAGGUUGCUUGUAUUGGAGCCUGGCAUCCUGCCCGUGUGGCCUUCACUGUAGCUCGUGCUGGGCAGAAAGGCUAUCACCAUCGUACUGAGAUCAACAAGAAGAUCUAUCGUAUAGGUCGGGGUGUUCACAUCCAGGAUGGAAAGGUGAUCCGGAACAAUGCUUCAACCAACUAUGACAUCAGCCAGAAAACCAUUACUCCCAUGGGAGGUUUUCCCCACUAUGGUGAAGUGAAUAAUGAUUUUGUCAUGGUGAAAGGCUGUGUGGUUGGGACUAAGAAACGUAUCCUCACCCUCAGAAAGUCUUUGAUCACACACACAUCACGUAAAGCCAAGGAGGCCAUUGAACUCAAGUUCAUCGACACCACCUCCAAAUUUGGCCAUGGGCGCUUCCAAACUGCCCAGGAGAAAAGAGCAUUUAUGGGGCCACUGAAGAAAGAUGCCCUGAAGACAAUGCCAGAACCUCUGCCGGAGGAGGCUUGAUUGAACAGAUCCCAUUGUUAGAUAAUAAAACUAACUUUAAAAAUGUAGUCCAGUUGGACAAUGUAAAUCAAUUCUAAGAGCAAUAGCUUAAUCUUUCUGAUCCAGAUGUGCUGUUUUGGAAUUUACCCCCAAUGAGUAACACAUAUUCAGAUUUCUCAAUCAGAUUUAUUUUCCACAGAUAAAUCCGAGACAUAUCAUGCACCACGGCUGCUUGACUGAACUUAACUUAUGUGCUUAUCAGAUUCUCAUCUCCUUGUCUUCAGUUUCUUGCAAUCUUGCGCAGUCGGAAUGGGUGUGUGGCUGUAUUGUUCGAAUAUCAAUUUCUU